AUGGAUGCACUGUCCCUGUCAAAGUUCCGGAACCCGCACGUAAUUUCGAGCUGGCGUCGCGCCCGCAAGUCCCUGCUUGUAGUGCAGGCGUCACCUUUGCACCAGAAUGUGGAUCUCUCAAACAGACGACAGGAACCUGAAUCGCUGAAAGCAUCUGUCUCGCUAUCUAACAUAAAUCCAAAGCGCUCCGAGACGGAGCUUGUGCUGGACCAAGCACAGCAAGACUUAACGGAACUCUGCAAAGCGGAGGACGGUUUGGAGUGCUGGAAGGCGUUGAGUUACUUUGUUUCGAAGCGGCAGCAGUUCGAGCUGCACUGCAAUUUGAGUAACGAUGAAGGCGAACACGACCCGGAGGCCUGCACCUCCCUCAACGGCCUUGAAAAGUUUGUGCGCGAGCAAAUGUCCACGGGCAGUGUACGAAAUAUGCGUACAAACUUGCUCAUUAUGCAACGUGUUGAAGAGCGCCGCGCGGCAGACGGCACCGCCAGGACGACGUCUGCCGUACCUGCCAUGACCGACAAGGAAGUCCAUGCGCGGGCUUGCCUGAUCAGGUUGUUCCACGUGCUGGACACCGACGGGGAUGGUGAGAUCGGCAUGCUUGAGUUCCAAGAUGGCAUGGAAGCACUGGGUGCCGUGCUAACAGAUGUUGAUAUGUGCCAAAUCAGCGAGGCCGUUGGCAACAGCAAAAACCGCUUGGACAUUGACGAACAGACAUACAGACAGAUAUUCAUAUAUCUCCACUUCUGCAGGUUCAUCGAGGUCAUGGAAACCAGUGCGGUGCUGCACGGGGUCGCUCUGGGGGAUGACUCCAACUUCCUGCGCCAUGCCGCCCACCUGCACAGCACUCACCACAUGAAUGGCGCGAACCACUCGCGAACCACGACAAAGAUAGCCUGAACAGGUUACCACUGCUUUUAGCACCCCAUGGGAUGAAUGAGAUAAAGCCUUAGCCUUGCCGUAUGGCUUUUUCUUUUAGGGCCGUCAGUAUAUUUUUGCCUUGCCGGGUAGGUGAAGUUGGAGUCCUUGCUGUAUGACAGGGUUGUGGAAAAAAAACCAUGCCGUGCCGCAAGGACACCUAUCAGGGUUCUUGUGGUCGUUAUUCUCCGUGCCUGGUUCUCAUUGCAUGGACUUCUGCAAGUCGUGAGUAAAAAGGUAUACAUUUGAAAGGAAUAAACUAUGGAGGAGUCCAACAUGUCUCCACAUUUCAUUAGGUGACUUGACUGAUUGCACGGUAUUUAUGGAUGUAUGCAUGGCAUGCAGCUGCAUGCAGCUGCAGCAUAUAUUUUACAGACCAAGCCAGUUGACAAGCAUGACGCCUUUUUUGUUUUGCAAACCAGGCGGCUUUUGAUAGAGAGAGCAAGCCAGACUCUUUGUAGAGGGCAAUCGUAAAAGGUGAGGUGCAACACUCGUCCUGGUGUUCGUUAGUUUGUUGUCGUACUUGUAGUUGUUCACGGACGGUCUGCAAUUUUUGUCAUAUUAUUGUAAGCGUGGUCAGGUG